GGGCGGGCGGCGGCGGGCGAUGGGCGGCGGGAGCUGAGCUGAGCCGAGCGGCCUGCAGGGCGCAGCGCACCGGGCUGCUCCUCGCGGGGGGCAUCGCGGGGAGCGGCUCUUGGCUUUUUGCUGAAGUUUUUGUUUUUUUCCUCCGCUUAUUUCCGCGGGUUGGAUUCUGAGUGCGCGAAGAGUUUGGGAUUCUUUUACUUUUUUUUCUUUUUUCUUUUUUUCCUUUUUUUUUUCUUUUUUUUCUUUUUUUUUUUCCUUUCUGAACUGCUUCUCUCAGUGCACGCCUCCCCCCGCAGCGGGGUUGCGGCGGGGAGCCGAACCGCACUGACAGCCCCGCCGUGGUCGUACCAUGUAAAUUGGAUAGCACGAGCUCUGGGCAGAGGCUCCAAUGAGUGGCACACAGCCCGCGACCACGGACAGGUUUCCUCUUAAAAAACCUACAAGGCACGGCAGCAUUCUGAGCAGAGAGUCUCCAGCAGACAAGAAGCAGAAGGUUGAGCGCUGCAGCAGCACCCACGACUUCGAUCCCACAGAUAGCUCCUCCAAGAAGACAAAGUCUAGUUCGGAGGAGAGUAGAUCCGAGACGUAUGGUCUUGUUCAGCGGUGUGUUGUUAUCCAACGGGAUGAAAAUGGAUUUGGGCUGACAGUCAGUGGAGACAACCCAGUCUUUGUGCAGUCUGUCAAAGAAGAUGGAGCAGCCAUGCGAGCUGGAGUGCAAACGGGUGACAGAAUUAUCAAGGUGAAUGGCACUCUUGUAACACACUCAAACCAUUUGGAGGUGGUAAAGCUGAUCAAGUCGGGUUCCUAUGUAGCUCUCACUGUUCAGGGGCGCCCACCGGGGUCGCCCCAGAUUCCCUUGGCUGAUUCUGAAGUGGAUCUGGCAGCAUUUGGGCAUAUGUCUCCCAUCAUGACAUCACCCCAUUCGCCUGGCACAUCAGGAAAUGCAGAAAGGAUUACUAGCCCGGUGCUUAUGGGGGAGGAGAAUAAUAUUGUCCACAACCAGAAGGUGGAGAUUCUGAGAAAGAUGCUACAGAAAGAGCAGGAGCGGCUGCAGUCUCUGCAAGAAGAGUACAGCCGAUCUUCCAGCUCACGACUGCUCAGAGAGAUACAGGAAACAAAGAAGCACAUUACUCAGCUGCAGGAGCAGCUGUCCAAAGCCACAGGCUGUGCUCAGGAUGGAGUUUUGUCCUCCAGGUCUGUGGCAGAAUCGCUGCAGGUCAGUGAAGUGGAGGCAGAGAGUGGAGAUGCUCUGAGCAAACUGGAUUACAGUAGUGACAGCCCCUCUCGACCGAACAGUGACAUUGCUGAUAGUCCUCGCAGUGGCCUGAAGGAGCGGGUUUAUCUGGAUGAGAGCCCAGAGAAGACUGAGGUUCAAGAUACUGAUUCUCAGUCCAGCAUUGGAAGUCCUUCAUCCCGUGUGGGACCACAGAUCAUUGGAGCAGAGGAUGAUGACUUUGACACUGAGCAGGAGCAGAUAAAUGGACAAUGCAGUUGUUUCCAAAACAUUGAGCUCCUGAAGUCUCGCCCAGCUCACCUGGCUGUUCUUCUGCACCAUGUGGUGUCCCAGUUUGACCCUGCAGCAUUGUUGUGCUAUCUUUACUCAGACUUGUACAAGCAGACCAAUGCGAAGGAGACUCGGCGUGUCUUCCUGGAGUUUUACCAGUUCUUCUUGGACAGAGCUGCAAACCUUAAAGUUCCAAUACCAGAUGAAAUCUCUGUAGAUCUAGAGAAAAGAAGGCCAGAACUCAUUCCUGAAGAGCUUCAUCGCCACUAUAUACAAACUAUGCAAGAUAAAGUCUGUCCAGAAGUUCAGAGGAAUCUGGAAGAUUUCAGGCAGAAACGUAGUAUGGGGUUGACCCUGGCAGAGGGAGAGUUGACCAAGUUGGAUGCAGAAAGGGUUCGUGACCGGAACGCGGUGGAGAAGGAAAGAGCAUGUGCAGAACAGAUUAUUGCCAAGAUUGAGGAAGUCCUGAUGACAUCUCAGCCUUUGGAGGAAGACAAGAGCUCCACCAUACAAUAUGUGAUUCUUACUUACAUGAAGCACCUGGGAGUCAAAGCUAAAGAGGCUCGGAACCUGGAGCAGAAGCGUGGCCGUAUUGGUUUCUUGCCAAAGAUCAAGGUACAAAGCAUCAAGAAGGAGAAAGAAGGAGAUGAAAAAGGAAAGAGGAGAGGCUUUCCUAAUCUCUUGGGUCCACCGAGAAGACCGAGCCGACAUGACAGCAGUGCAAUUGGCAGAGCCAUGGAGAUACAGAAGCAGCGCCACCAAAAGCACAUCCCUGCAGUGCCUUCUGUUAGCCCAGAGCCUCCAGAUUCGGGCAAGGUGCGCCAGAGUGGGUCCUCCAGCGAUGGCACAGAUGCACCAUACCCACCUGCCAACCCCAUGUCUCCGUUGGCAGUGGGUCCUUUCUCAUCUCCAGAGGGAAACAAGGACAGUGAAUCAGGCUCGAAGCAGACAGGAGAAGCCCCACCUGCUAAUGAGUGUGUGGAUGGCACACCCCGCACACCCAACACUACUUUUGAAUUCCCAUCUCCCUUGGAAAACUUGCCAGAGGAGGAGGGAGAGUCAGAGAGAGUGGUCGACAUGGGGACACCAAAGCCUUUUCGCAAGAUGGACAGCGUUGGUUUUGCAGAUGUGCAAAGUGAGGAUGAGCUGUAUGACUUUGACAUGGACACAGACCCUCCCAACUGGCAGCAGCUUGUGAGCCGAGAAGUGUUGAUGGGGCUGAAACCCUAUGAGAUCAAGAGGCAAGAAGUGAUUAAUGAGCUGUUUUACACUGAGAGAGCUCAUGUCCGCACCCUGAAGGUUCUGCAUAACGUUUUCUACCAGCGUGUCACCCGGGAAGGGAUCCUCAACUCCAGUGACAAAAAGAAGAUCUUUUCAAACCUGGAGGAUAUCCUGGGGCUUCAUGUGGCAUUGAAUGAUCAGAUGAAAGCGGUCCGGAAAAGGAAUGAGACUUCUGUUAUUGACCAAAUUGGGGAGGAUUUGCUUUCUUGGUUCAGUGGAGCAGCAGAGGAGAAGCUGAAACAUGCCACUGCCACGUUCUGCAGUAACCAGCCCUUUGCUCUAGAGGUCAUAAAGUCCCGCCAGAAGAAAGACUCUCGUUUCCAGACUUUCGUGCAGGAUGCUGAGAGUAAUCCCCUGUGUCGCCGCCUGCAGCUGAAGGAUAUCAUUCCAACAGAGAUGCAGAGACUGACAAAGUACCCCCUUCUGCUGGAUAACAUUGCAAAGUACACAGAACUGCCUGAAGAGAAGGAGAAAGUGAAGAAAGCAGCAGAUCACUGCCGUCAGAUCCUUAACCACGUGAACCAGGCUGUCAAGGAAUCGGAGAACAAGCAGCAUCUGGAAGAUUAUCAGCGUCGUCUCGACCUGUCCUACUUAAAGCAGUCUGAGGAUCCCAUGAUGGAUGAGUUCAGGAACUUGGAUCUCACAAAGAGAAAAAUGCUUCACGAAGGACCUUUGACUUGGAAGGUUAAUCGUGACAAAACUAUCGAUCUCUACACUCUGCUCUUGGAGGACAUUCUGGUGCUGUUGCAGAAACAAGAUGAUAAGCUGGUCUUGAAGUGUCACAGUAAAAUCUUGGCGUCGACAGCUGAUAGCAAACACACCUUCAGUCCUAUCAUCAAACUGAACACUGUUCUGGUUCGUCAGGUGGCAACAGACAACAAAGCGUUCUUCGUCAUCUCCAUGUCAGAAAAUGGUGCUCACAUUUACGAGCUGGUGGCACAGACAGUUUCAGAGAAGAACAUAUGGCAGGACCUUAUAGCUCAGAUGGCAGGGAAUGUAAAAAUGGAGAGUAGCAGAAGAGUGAUUCCAUUACCGCAGUCGGGACCUGGCGAAGAAGAGCGUGAAGAAGAAGAGCAGCAGAAGCUCAAAGACCAGCAUGGCAUUCCUGCCAGUAGCCUACAAAGCCCAGACAAAGAUCUGGGCCUGGACUCUACAUUGAUACUGAAUGCUCAGACUUCACCCACCAUGUCUGAAAAGUCCGAGGUGGAAAGUCUUCUUGUGGCAGAAAGACAGUUUGAUAAAGUGCAACAGGCAGACCUGGCCCUGAAGGAGGCUUCUCCGUGCUAUGAACACACAGCCACCAAUUUACCUUUGGUGUCAGGAGGGCAGUGGGCACUGGAUGCAUUAAGGAACCUGGACUUGCUGAAAAAGCUGUUGGUCCAACAGCUUGGCUUUGCUGAGAAGGGGACCCUCGAAGACCGGCAGCGCUUCCCCAGGUUCAGGACCGUCUCUCAAGAGGCACAAACAGAGGGUGGAAGUGAGCUUGGAUUGCAGCACUCCGACCAUAACAAAUUUCACCAGCCUGGAGCAGACCCCACGCUUCCAAGAAGCGGAACUAACGAGCCCACAGCUCAUUAUGGCCUCCGGACUUCAGCUGAAUCACCAGCUCCAGGAGAUGCCAUGCAGCUGGGAGCGAGGGACCCCAGGCCCAGCAGUAACUUAGCGAUGGACCGCAUGGGUGUGAAUCUGGAGGUCUCUGCCACGGAGCUGGAAGGGCUGGGUGCUGAUGAGAGUGGGGAGCAUUUCUUUGAUGCCCGAGAAGCUCACAGUGAUGAAAAUCCAUCUGAAAGUGAGCUGAUGGAAAGGAAGGACGAGGAGGAUGUGCAAAUACGGAUCUCAGGAAAUGUUUUGAUCCUUGAUGGAUAUGAAGCAGUGCAGGAGAGCUCCACAGAUGAGGAGGUGUCGUCUCUGGUUCUCCAGGGUGCUGCAGGUGGCCACAGCUCUUUGGACUCUGCACAGCAGCAGCCCCUUUCCCCACGGGACACGCAGUCGGAUGGGGGCAGCUCCCCGUUUGCAGAGGAGAUGAUGGUUUCCCGCUGGGGAGGAGUGGAAGAGCCCUGCACGGUUGUAGCAAACCCUCCCUUCUGGUCUAUAGAGUCACGCGUGCAGAUGAUGCAGUAUAUUCAGAAGAUAGAGAAUAACCUUGAAAAGUUAAAGGAGGUUGAGGAGGACUACAUCAUUCUCCGUCGCCAAGGGCUGGCUGGGUCAGCCUCCACAGGAGAGCACUCAGAGAAAAGUUAGUCGUGUUUUCAGGACAACUGAAGAUUGGAUGAGGACUGUCAGGACUCAGCACCCGCUGCCUUCCUUGUGGACUCUAAGACAAGAGGGUUCAGACCAUCCAAAUGUGAACCAUCCUCUAGCAAAGCAGGCAUGGGUGCUUUUCCUGUGGGGCAUCUGCACUAUCUUGUCAGUGAGGGAGUCUGUUCUAUUCUACUCCUCCUCUCCUUGGCCACCAGAAAUCUUUUUUUGUUGUUUUUUUUUUUCAGAACAGAAAAACCAAACCAAAUGUACAGAGCUUUGGGUGUAGGAUAUAAAAAAAAUGUAUUUAGACAUUUAAAAAAAAAAAAAAAAAAAAGGAAAAAAAAAAAUCAUUGUAUUUAUUUGACUUCAUUCCGUGUAUCAAAAGCACAUUUUAAUUUUUUUAAUCUGCCUAUUUUUGUUGUUGUUGUCGUCGUCGUCGUUGUUCUGUUUUAAUUGGGUAGUGACAGUUCUGGCCCUGUGCAUCCAGUGCGCUGUGCCUCCCGCUGCUCCUGAGCCUCGUUUGCUCCCAGGGCAGAGGAUGUGCUUUGUGGACCUUCCCUCCACUGGACUGGACUCUGCACUCCCUGCUGGCACCCAAACUGCCAGGCAAAGAAGCCACUUAUGAAGGUGUCACGAUGACUUGUGGCUGGAACUGUGUGCAUCCAACGGUUGCAUGGCAAAUGCCCACAUCACCACGUGUCCAACAAGGCUUUUCCAUGCUCUGAGUAGCCAGGCACUUGGGCAAAGUUUAUUUCCCCCCUUCUCUCUCCCAUUAGGGUUUUCCUUUGCUGACAUGCGAGAUAAAACUGGGAGAGGAGAAUAGGCUUUUUUUUUCCCUUGACUUUGUUGGCUUUGAUCAUUGUCUCCUUUGUAAAGUGAUAAAAUUACUUGGACCUGCAGCACUUUUGUAACUCUUCUCUGGAUCAAAAAAAAAAAAAAAAAAGAAAGAAAAAAACAGAAAAAAAGAAAAAAAAAAAAAGGAAAAAAAUGCAAACCCAGAAGUGUUUCAAAGAUGUGGGGCGGAUGGGUGUCUGUCCCUGAUUCACUACUGAAUGAAUAAGGGCUGCCAUUUGAGUUAGCCACAGGUACUGCUGAUUAUAGGGCCAGUAAAUUUUAGUACCUGAACGUCUUGCUGAGGGCUUGGGGUGUUUGGUUGUUGUUUCUUUCUUUGUGCCAAUGUGUCCUCACUGAUACAGAGAUGUGCAGAGCAGAGGAGGCUGAAACAGCUCUGCAGCACUUCCCUGGGCCUGUUCUGAUGGGGGUUUGCUGUUGAGACACCUUUCUGUCUGGGAACAAGAUGUAACCAUCAGCCACCAGCGGAGCCAAUGCUGGGCAGCCUCUGCUGGCUGUGCACUGCCCUGCAUUGGUCCUGGGAUGGGCAGCAGCGUGGCGAGGGGUGGCUGCCAGUGGGGCAGCUGUAGUGCAAAGCGUGCAGAGCAGUCCCUUUUUCCACCCUCUUUCCAGGUUUUAAACUGGUUAACGAACCCGAACUGAACAAACCCGUAAAUCCCAUUAACCCUCAGAACUGCAGGAGCAGCUGCAAUUGCGUGGAUCCUGAAGUGCUGAGAAUCUUUGGUCAGCAGAAAGAUCGCACUCCCUGCUCCAUUAAAACAAAUGUUUUCUCGUAAGCUGUUGGCACAGAGUCAGAUCUCUCCUUUUUCUUUGAACUGAAGUUGGAGAGGAGAUCCUUCUUCUUCUUCCCAUUAGAAAUAGGCAAGGGAUGAGUUCACAUCCAGAUUGAACAGAGAGGAUUUGGGGCCCGGUGUGAAAGAAGGAGCCCCGAUGCCUUGUGGAGCAGGGAGGAGUUCUUCUUUUGAAGAGCUGAUUGCACAGAGUAUCGCUGUUCACCAGCAGGAGCCUUGCACUGCCAACACAAGCCAAAGUGUUCUCUUCCAUGCUGGCAGGAGCUGCUUCUUCCUCGGGUCCUGCUCAGGUCCAUCCUCACCCCAUGAACGUUCUGUCAGUAUUAGCCAGGCGCUGCCCUUCUUACCUGCUGGGAUCUCCCCUCCUCACCUUCAGCCCUACCAGUUCCUUUGGUUAGAAGCACCCACGCUUCCUCUUCUUAGCCCCCGAAGCAGAAUGCUGCCUCAUGCUGAUGCAGCAGCUUUACCUGAUCCUGCCAGAAACUGAGCUGGGCUGCAGCCAGACCUGCUGUCCAGCUCCCUUUAUUCCCCACCCCACAUCAUCCCCUCGCUCAGUUGGCACAGUGCUGCUCUGCAACCCACAGGAGCAGCCCUUGGACUCCCUGUCCAAAAGCUUUGCAGCUUACGAGCUGCAGGAGUCCCUAAUGAUGCUGGAUGCGAGCUGGGACGAGGCCAGGGGCAGCUCUGUCCCUUUCCACUCUCAGGAUGCACAGGGGGAAAUAUCUUUGCUUUCUGCUGGGCUGACAGGCGGCAGGGAAGGAGGCCUUUGGGGUGGCUGCUCUGCAGUGCAGGAGGCUGCAGUGCUGUAAGGAAGCCCGACCUGUUUGAACCCAGCUGCACGGAGAGCAGAAAGGUCACAGGCCGUGCUGAUGGGUUUUAGUUUCUGCUGGCCUGCUGCUGCUGCGUUGGUCGUCCUGGCAAAGGGGGCAUUACUCCUGUAGAGAAAUGAUGGUGGGGUCAGGGAUCUGUGCGCAGUAACCUGAAAUAACGAGGGAUUCCUUUCUACUCUCUGGCACAUCUACUGUAUGGCAGAACCUCAGGCCGUGCCUCGCUGUGCGGAAGGAGCUGGAACUAAAUGCACUUUUCAGGAUUCCCCUUUCCCCUCCAAGCCAUAACGUUUCUUAAAUGCCAAUUUCCAGGGUAAGAAAGCAUUUUCAUUCGCUCCUGCUUGGUGAUACAUUCCCUUCCUCAGACUGGACAGCAGAGCAAGGCGAUGCUCUCUGGUUUCUUUGCCCAGCCCAUCCUUCCUCCAACUCAGUUCUUUCCUCCCAGCUGUGAGAUGCUGUCUGGCGUUGUGUUCUCCCUCUGCUCCCCAAAGAAGCCCCUGCUUCCCCCAAAGGUGCCAACUGACAAGCAGAUGUACUGCAAAAGGGAUCCUGCAGCCAAAACACUGCUGUUGCGUUUCGAAUUCAGUCUUUCGGAGCUCUCUUCCUAUUAGAAUAUUUUUAUUUUCUUUGUACAACAUACAAUCAUGUACUCUUAACAGAGAUUUACUUUAAAGAGAAGAAAAAGAAGAAAAAUCUGGAAGUAUUCUUUAAAAAAAAUACACAAGAAUCUUUAUUAAUAAUCCUGUAUUUUUACUGAUCAUGUUUGAAUGUCUAAAAAGACUUUAUUGUUCUAAUUAUCCAGAUGUAUGUUUGUAAAAUAGCUCUUUUAUGACUUAGCUGAUAAGGUUGUAUGUUUCUGGAAUUAAAUAUUGGUCACUUAAAAAAAAGAGAAA